CCUGCCCCGCCCCCGCCCUCAACGCCGAGCUUCCCUUCCGCGCUCUGCAGCUCGGCUUCCCUUUCCGAGAGUGCCGGUGGCGACCGCCGGGUUCUGUGUCCUCUCCGCAGAGUCUACCCCCUUUCCUGCAGUGAGCAUGGCAGCUUGGAGACGCGGUGUUGCCCUGCGGCUCUGCGCCACAGUUGUUUUACUUGAUAUGGCUUUCUGUAAAGGGUUUGUAGAAGAUUUAGAUGAAUCGUUUAAAGACAGUCGAAAAGAUGACAUUUGGCUUGUAGAUUUUUAUGCACCAUGGUGUGGCCACUGUAAAAAACUGGAACCGAUUUGGAAUGAAGUUGGUCUUGAGAUGAAAAGCAUUGGCUCUCCGGUUAAAGUCGGAAAGAUGGAUGCUACUUCCUAUUCUAGCAUUGCUUCAGAGUUUGGAGUUCGAGGUUAUCCAACAAUUAAGCUAUUAAAGGGGGACUUGGCAUAUAAUUAUAGAGGACCACGAACUAAAAAUGAUAUUAUUGAGUUUGCUCACAGAGUAUCUGGGGCUCUGAUUCGGCCACUUCCAAGUCAGCAAAUGUUUGAACAUGUGCAGAAGAGACAUCGUGUAUUUUUCGUUUAUAUAGGUGGAGAGUCACCUUUGAAGGAGAAAUACAUAGAUGCUGCUUCAGAAUUAAUUGUAUAUACAUACUUCUUCUCUGCCUCAGAAGAAGUGGUUCCUGAGUAUGUGACACUGAAAGAGAUGCCUGCUGUGCUUGUUUUCAAAGAUGAAACUUACUUUGUUUAUGAUGAGUAUGAAGAUGGUGAUCUGUCAUCUUGGAUCAACAGGGAGAGAUUUCAGAAUUAUCUUACAGUGGAUGGUUUCCUCUUGUAUGAACUUGGAGAUACUGGGAAGCUAGUGGCCAUUGCAGUAAUUGAUGAGAAAAACACAUCAACAGAACACACCAGAUUGAAGUCAAUUAUUCAGGAAGUUGCUAGAGAUUACAGAGACCAGUUCCACAGGGAUUUUCAGUUUGGCCAUAUGGAUGGAAAUGACUAUAUAAAUACCUUGCUGAUGGAUGAAUUGAAAGUCCCAACUGUGGUUGUACUGAAUACUUCAAACCAACAAUACUUUUUACUAGACAGACAGAUUACAAAUGCUGAAGACAUGGUCCAGUUUAUUAAUAACAUUUUGGAUGGCACAGUGGAAGCCCAAGGAGGUGAUAGCAUUUUGCAGAGAUUGAAAAGAAUAGUAUUUGAUGCCAAAUCUACUAUUGUGUCUAUAUUCAAGAGCUCUCCACUUAUGGGCUGCUUUCUCUUUGGCCUGCCACUGGGUGUCAUCAGUAUCAUGUGCUAUGGAAUCUACACAGCUGAUGCAGAUGGAGGUUAUAUAGAAGAACGCUAUGAAGUGUCCAGAAGUGAAAUUGAAAACCCAGAACAAAUAGAAGAGAGCAAAGCACAGCAGGAGCCAAGGACUGGGGACUCGCCAGUGCCUGCAGUGCAAGAACCCAAAGAUGUAUUGGAAAAGAAGAAGGAUUGAGACUCACUAGUAUAAAAUGUUUGAUAGGAUUUCAAAUGACGACAGAGUCUAUUUAUUGAAUUUAGACAUUUAAUCAUGAUCUUUACAGAAGAGAACGUGUUAUUUGUAUUUUGCUAAUCUCCACUGCAUGGGUUAAAGUAGUCCUUCCAUAAAUGGAGAGAUAUUUGGAGCAAAGAGAUGAAAUGUUUGUCUAAAACAAGCAAAAUCAAAGCACUCCAUCAAAGUUUACCUUGCACAUGUUGUCAUAAGAGAUCCGUUCUGUGUGCAUGUUUCUCUAUCUGAAUAUUCUGUGACAAAAUUAAGAUUCUUGGGCAGAAUAUUUAAAUUGGUCAGUCAGGUAGAAGAUACAUGUUUGAUAGAGAAAAAUAAUACCUCCACCUCCUACCAUCCAUUCCCCUCAUAUAUUUUGGAUAAGAUUUAUACGGACAAAAUUAAGUCUUUAAAAUUUAGGCACUUUAAGGAGAACUAGUAACUUUUUCCACAGAUUAAUAUUAUGAGAUUAAAAAUAAUUUGGUUUUAUAUAGCAUAGUGAUUUUAUUUUGUUAUUAUUUUUAAAGGAGAGGAAAUGUUACUUUUUAACUUUAUACUCAGUUGCAUUAUAAAAUUUUCAUAUGGGCCUGUACAGUGGGAAAAAAAUAGUCUUAUGUUUAAUCUUUGAAACAUAAACAGGAUUUACUUGGAGCAGUGACCUCAAACCAGCCCCGGGACACUGUUAGCAGGUGUCUCAGUGGUCACUACAGGAAGGGGAUGGUCAUUGUCACUCCUGCCCUGCUUUAGCCAGAACAGCCUCCCUUUUUUCUAUUUUAUAUAUUUGGAUUCCUUAUAAAAAUUUCCUUUGAUAAAAAGCUCCUGCUACAUUUUAAAAAGUAAUAUUUAUCAUAUUUUUAUGUUUAUUAUAUGGUAACUUAUGAUCUGAUGUGUAUGUGUAUAUAUGUAUAUAUAAACACACAUACAUAUAUACGUAUAAAAUUUAUUGACAUCUGUUAUGUAAUAUUAUGGCCAUGUCUCUGUUCAUAAUGAGUAAUAAGUGACAUAAUCAGCCUGUCAACUAAAUUCAUGUCCAGUGAUUAAAGAGAUCUGCCAGUUA